GACCAAGUACAAUCGUCAAAGAACUGUCUGGCACAAAUCUACGAGGAGAGGAAGAAGCAGCGGCAGCGGUAUGAAAAAGUUCAAAUCAUUUAGUAAGAUUUGCACCAGGAACCUGAACUACAAUAUAUAUUUAUAUGUAUAUGUAGAAAUGAUUUUAGUGAAGCUUUAA